AUGGCUUCCUCUUCUUCCGCUGCCGCUUCCGCGUCUACCAGAUCAAACCUAGUCUCCAACGGUAACGUCGCCGCGUCUUCUGUGACCAGCGUUAUGUCGUCGCGUGCCUCUUCGAUCACUGCGAGCUCCUCCUCUUCCGUGUCUUCGACUGUUCACUCGUCGUCGUCUGGCUCCAAGUCCGCGUCCAAGUCCGCGUCGUCGUCGGCUUCUUCCUCUUCGUCCUCGAGCUCUUCUGCUGCUUCUAUCGGUGCUGUUGCCAAACCACUAUCCUGGAAAUUCGGUGCCGUUCUAGGUGCCACUAUUUUGGGCUCUUUCGUUUUGGGCUCCGGCUUGUAA